CACAUCCUGAAAUCGAAGCCCGCUUCUUUAACCAGUGGGUAUAAAAGUCAGUCGGAAAUCUACGCACGGGCACUACUUUCUUCUGUCCACAAGCCGGCUUCACGAAGCCUGCUCAGCCAUGUUCGCCGUCCUGUGGGUCUUCGCUGUUCUCCUGGGCAACGCUAUGGCCGUCUACUUCCCGACGUAUGACUUGCCGGUGGCCGGCUUCCCCGAUGUGCCAGCUGUCCCGACUGUGCAGGCCGCUCCCGUAGCCGUGCUGCAGGCUGCCCCCCAGGUGUCGCCAGUAACUCCCUACUGUCCAGAGCUCGGCCGUUGUCCACAACGUGGCUACUCCGUAUGGCUACCGCACAACUGGUGUCAGCUACAGCCACAGAGUCGAUGCCCACCCAGUGCCCGUCCGCUACGACUACGGCCUCGCGCCCUACGGCCUGAACUACGGCUACGGGCUAGACACCUUCGGAUACCCCGCUGUGCUGAAGAAGUGAUUCAAGAUCAAGCAUUGAAGUGUGAUUCGUCAUCAAGUCGUUUUGACCAGCAACGAAAGCGGCACCUUCAAGAUAACAGUGCUUGUGGAGAUCAGUCAAGUCAAAAUGAAAUAAACACAUAUAACAAAUGUGGAGUUUUAAUGCGAUUUGCAUUGCUUGGGAACUUUACCCAGUUUCGGUAUCUGUCCAACCUCUUUCACAUUCCCACUGACGUGAUUUGCCUACUAGCUUUGGCCACUGCGCAUUUGCUGCCGGCUGCCUGGUCGAGCAGAGAACAUAAGACACUGUAUAUGUGCCCGAAACGUCAUGCUGCUGGCUGA